AUGGAGCCGAAGGGCACCCGCAUCGCCGCAGUCAGACUCUUAUCGGAAAAGCCAGCAGUAUACUAUAAUCGAGCAUCAUCUAAGCCGCAGGCCCCAGUCUCUGACUAUGGUCAAGCGAAGGACGCCGAUAUGUUGGUGCAUUUGGCUGGCAGUUGCAUUAUUUCCCACUUUCAAGUUUCCGUUCGAGGCAGCUAUUCACCUUCCUUUUCAAACGGACACUCGACAAUGGACGAGUAUGUGCUUCCUUCAUCAGUGUGA